UGUAGGAUGCAGUCGUUUAUUUCUAUGUCUGGGGUUGGAAUGAUGCUGAAUCGCUCCUUAGUCUUUGAGUAUAAUGUCAUGCUUGGCAGAUGGUGGCUCAUUAUUGCGAUUACUAAAAUAUCUCUAUAUAUAGAAUAUGUUUUGACGUACAGAAAGGAUCCACAGUGAAACAGGAGUAAAUAAAUUAUGCAUCAAACGUAAGCCACAAGGAGGAAAAAUAACAUAGGAUUUACGUGUGGGGUGUGUGUGUGUGGUGUGCUAGGUAACUGCAGUGUUGCAUUACAUGUGUGUGUGUGUGUGUGUGUGUGCUAGGUAACUGCAGUGUUGCAUUACGUGUGUGUGUGCGUGUGUGUGUGCUAGGUAACUGCAGUGUUGCAUUACAUGGUUGGUCUGGUUAUUACAAGAGUAACAUUACAUUACAUGUAACCGCUCCUCCAGUGCCAUCCUGUUCCACCCAUCUUCUUAAAUAGACUGGCUGAUAUAUGCUGUGGAACCAGUAUAGCUUACUUGGCCAGUGUUGCCGUAUCUCUGAUACAUGUCAUUAAUCCUGGAGCAGUCAAGCUCAGUGCAGAUUGAAAGAAGCCUCGAUCAUCAGCUGCUCUAAUAAAACACAAAAUGGGUCUACAUUAUUCACACCACAAGCAUUGUUUGACUCACCACCAAUCUCCCAUCAAUAUUCACACGAGAACGGCAAAGUAUGAUCCUUCCCUGAAGCCUCUGAAGUUCAACUACGAUCCCAAAACAGCUAAACGGAUUGUUAAUGUUGGCCAUUGCUUUAAUGUGGAGUUUGAGGACACAUGUGAUCGAUCAGUACUAACCGAUGGGCCAUUAACUGGGCAUUACCGCCUGUGUCAGUUCCACUUUCACUGGGGAUCAUCUGAUAAGGAUGGCUCUGAACACAAUAUUGAUGGAAAACUGUAUCCUGCUGAGCUACACAUAGUGCACUGGAAUUCCAAAAGUUAUGCUACGUUUGCAGAAGCCGCACAGCAUCCUGAUGGUGUAGCCGUAGUAGGGGUUUUCUUAAAGCUGGGAAACGCAAACCCUUUUCUACAAAGCAUUAUAGAAAAUCUGGAUAAAGUUAAAACAAAGGGUAAAGCAUGUCCAUUUACAGAAUUUGACCUCGAUGGCCUCCUUCCGAAGGAUCUUAACUACUGGACUUACAUGGGAUCGCUGACCACAACACCUUACUUUGAGUGUGUUACAUGGAUUAUUCUUCAGGAGGCCAUAAGUGUCAGCUCAGAGCAGCUGGAACAAUUUCGCAGGCUACAGCGCACAUCUGAAAAUGAAAAUCCAAGUUUCAUUCUGGAAAACCACAGGCCCGUUCAGCCACUUGACCACAGAGUUGUUCUCUCUUCAUGUCCCGUAAAACACAAACUUCUUCACACUUUCUGAAUCUGAUUCAAUGGCAAUAGGUUUCUCUGAACUUUGCACUUCAGCGUCUUUGACUUUCAUCUUUCAGCAGCCUGUGUUCAGUCCAUUGUGGGAUUAAAGCUUGAAUUAUCAGAUAUUUUGCUUUGCUGUAUUUUAAUACAUUUGUGAUAUCAUCUAGCUAGCAUAGGUUCAGGUAUUAGUACAUCCCAUCGAAAAAAAUAAACUUGUGAGUUUAUAUUUAAA